AUGUCCCUAGACGCUCCGGAUACACAACACCUUGCUGUUCUUGGCCUAUCAACAAACAGUGAAAAGAACGCUCUUGAUAAACUGAUCACCGGCGCAACACGCUUUCCUUCCACAGGGUUUGAUGAUGAGGGUGACGGAAGUGACUUUCAUGGUAAUUCGGGGCCACGACCUUUGCCUGCGGCCCACGCAUGUCCAGCAAAGGAAAGAGGGAACGAAUCGAAAUGUUUAAAGCAGGCAAAGGUGUUGGCUGCGGAGGUGAAACAAACCAAGACAAAGUCGGGAAGGACCGUUAAGUCACAAACUCCUUGUGAUCACGCUCCACAUUCUGUUGUUUCUUCGUUAAGGCACAAAAAUGUGCUGCUCGCUUCGUCACCCUCGGUGACGUUUCAGGCAGAUAGGACGUGGAAGGAUGUUGAAUCGCUACCCCCCUUGGGUGAGCUUGUGCAUAGCAAGUUGCUACGGCCCCUAACUGAGUGCCUCCACAUAACGUCCCUAACCCGCAUUCAAAAACUGAGUUGGAUGCCCAUGAUUGACAGAACACGCGAUGUUCUUGUCCGGAGCGAAACUGGGAGUGGAAAGACACUGGCGUAUGCUCUUCCGCUUCUGCAUCAAUUGUUGUGUGCAUGCGAUAAGCGGCCCAUUCAGCGUCAGGUUGGGACGAUUAUUAUUGUGCUUUGCCCCACUCGAGAGCUGGUGGUGCAGGUCACCGAUGUGCUCAGCGUUCUCACUCGGUGUGCACUUUUUCUAACUGUGGGUGGUAUUCAUGGUGGUGAGAAUCGGCAUAAGGAAAAGGCGCGGCUGCGCAAAGGCAUUCCUGUUUUGAUAGCGACACCCGGUAGGCUCCUUGAUCACCUAAAGGCGACCGCAUCAUUCCGUGUUGAGGAGCUUCAGACAAUCAUCCUUGAUGAGGCUGAUCGAUUAUUGGAUAUGGGAUUUGAACAUACUAUAAAAGAGAUUAUGGGGAUGCUUUUGGAACGGACAGAGAACGUAACUAGCUCUUGUGUCGUGGGUUCGAACGAGGUGCAGGAAAAAUAUUCACUAAAACGCGUCUUGGUAUCGGCAACGAUAACGGCUGGAGUGGAGAGACUAUCCCAUUUUGCGCUUCGAAGCAACGUCCUUCGUGUAGGAGAGACUGAGGAUGCCUUUUUCAUUCCCUCCUCACUUCGCCAGCACUAUGCCUUGGUACCGAUCAAGCAUCGACUCUCAACACUUAUAAGUUUUUUGCGUUCUCAAUUUGACGCCGGCGCACAAAGAAUCCUCGUUUUUGUCUCCACUGCUGAUAGCGCAGAGUUUCAUUACUAUUUGUUGUCACGGUUACGAUCCCCGUUUUACGGCAAGAGAAAAACCUUCCAGGGUAACGCUGCAGCUGAACAGCGUACUCGUCACUACAGCAUGAAGCGGCGAAUGGAAGAGGCUAACAGACAUCUUCGAGACCAUCAUGAGGAUGUUGUCACGUUUGAGGAUGACUCAAGCAGUGAGGAGGAGAAUGAUGCGGGGCGGGCCCUCUCGGAGAGUAACACGCUUCUUGAUGUCAAUAUUUUCAAGUUACAUGGUAAUAUGCCACAGGUUGACCGGGCCUCUGUUUUUAGGGCCUUCAAGCACGUAGAUGCAACUGCCCAGCGUUCUCCAAAGGGUGUGCUACUCUGCACUGAUGUGGCUGCCAGAGGAUUGGAUAUGCCGCGGGUGGACUGGAUUGUACACUACGAUCCCCCAACGGAUCCAGCAUGUUAUGUUCACCGUAUUGGGCGCACCGCUCGCAUUGGCAACGUUGGAGACUCUCUGCUGUUUCUCAUGCCACAUGAGGCAGGAUACGUCCCAUAUUUGAGCAACUUUAUCACCAAGGAGGGCGGGGGUUCUCUUGCUGCAAAUGACGCGUCGCUGCCAGCAAUGGCAGAACGAAAAUAUGAGUCGUUUUUGUAUUAUUUGACAAAGCUCGACCCCAAGGCGAACCAUAUGUGGGUGCAAAGUACGGCGACCCUCGAGCGCGCCAUCAGUCGGGCUGUCAUGAAACGAGAUGGAACCGUAAGCGAUUUAUCAGCUGGGGAUGAGAGCCGGAGAGAAGAUCUCACGCGCCUAGCGCUGUUUGCGUACCAGUCCUACAUCCGGGCGUACACAGGGCGCUCCAGAGAACUUAAAGCCCGCUUUUUUAAUUCGGAUGUCCUCCACCUUGGCCAUGUUGCACAGAGCUUUGGCCUUGACAAGAAGCCCAGUGAGGUCCGGGCGCAACUUCAGAGCUUUAUCAGGGAAGACAGGAAGAUCGCGAGAGAGGCAUCUUCCCUCACCACACAGGAGGAGGGAAAGUGGAGCGAUAGCUUUCCAAGUCGGAGAAGACUGCAGGUGGAGGUACGUCAUGACGAUCGCUACCGAAGUAUGGUUGUGCAGAAGCAGCGCAAGGUGACGCGUGAUUGGUUUGAGCGGAAGAGAAACGAGAGGCCGGCACACAAAGCCCUUCAAUUCACGGAAUUUGACGCGUAA